AAUGGAUUGAAAAGUAUCUUGUAAAAUAAUUAAUACCUACGUGAUCGUGGGAAAAAGAAUUCGAACGUUACAUAUGAAAUUCAGAUUUUUCAUCCAAUUUUUCGUAACAUGUAUAAAAGAAAAUCGAUAAAAUUAAUGUAAAUAUAUCCGAACCACUUGUUGCCGCUUGAGGCUAAUAGGAUCAGGUGGAGGUGAAACUGUUCCGUUUCGUUUUCACUCCGCGGUUUCUGUAGAGAGUGGAUAUAAUACUGAAAUUGAAGAAGUCUUGGAUUCGUUUGCGCUGCAUCAGAAGGGAAAGCACCGAGGCGAUGCGCGCAUCGCGCCGCAAAUCCGCUUAAAUUUAUAUUCGAUAAUAAAGAUAAAGAAAAAUAAAUAAAUAAAUAUACAAAGCGACAAAAAAAACUGCAAAGAUCCUUAAAGAAAAAAGGAAUCGCGAAAAGGCUGGAAUUGUACAUACCUUGAUUCUAAAUGAAUCUUAUUUUGUUAAACUUGAGAUUGUGAAAACAGUGGAUAUUAUACACCGGUGUUGUGAUCGACUGUUGUAGUUUGUAUAUUAUUUAAUUUAUUAUCUCAUCGUUUUAUCCGUAAUUACUUUAGUUCGUCGGCGAAGAGUGAGAAGCUUGAUAAUCACCAGUGUAUAAAUAGGUGGAUGAUAUUUGAAAAAAUCAAAAUUAAUAAUAAAUAAAUGAUAAUGCCGGCUGCAGCUUCUUCGAUUUAUUGGAACUCCGAGGACUCUCAGAGGUCCUCGGGAGACGGAUCCGAACCUGCUUCUCACAAUUCUUCCUCCUCUUCCGGCGGAAGACGACGAUACGUCGAUCCUUGGGAUUUGGAAAAUUACGCUUAUUUGAGACGCAGACAAAACGUCGUCGCUGUUAGAAAAAAUUCAGACGGACGCACCACCGCAACUUAUUUACCGAUGCAAGGACAAGAAUCCGUCAGCGAUACUUACUACUGGUAUCCCAUGCCCAUCCUGAGGGAAUCGGAACAAGAUCCAGCUUCUUCGUCGAUGGAAGAAUUUUAUCUAAGACCAGCCAGACAGAUUCGACAAGGAACAAAUUAUCCCCUUCAACAACCGACAUACGAAGAAGAGGCCAGAUACGUUACGCCGAAUCCGGUCUACGUUCCCUUAUCUGAUAUCGAAUACCCCGAAGAAACUACGCUGGAAGAAGAAAUGCCAAAAAUUCUUCCCAGGCGUAAAGGCAGACAAAUAAAAAAUAUGGCACAUCACUUGGAAGAGUGUCCCUGUCCUUUCCACGGAUCACUGCAGGAAAUUGAAUUGGCAAAGGUAGCAAAAUCAUCAUCGACAAAACAACUGGGAUUAAAUACUUAUGGUCACCUUAGAAUCGAUUAUGCCAAAAGCUGGAACUCGCUGCAUCGUAAAAUGAAGAAUUGA